UUGGUUCAUCUCACUAGUAUAAACUUACUGAACUGGAAACUGGUUUUUGUUUCAGCUCAUGGCAACUGCAACUGCAGCUGUAGCCAAGCAUGGCUUGUGUGCAGGUUUCAUGGAUUUAUCAGAAUCACCAAAAUGCAGUUUCUCCGGCAAUCCAAUUCCCACUAAGCAAUCACUAAUUCAUCUUUUCCACAAUCGCGAACAAAGAUAUCGGUCAUGUUCCCUAUCAAUGAACGGUUGCCAAAGUGAUUUAAAAGUGCCAAUUGGAAUAACUGAAACGAGAACAUUACAGGCAGUAUCUUCCACAGCCAUGGCUAUGGAAGCUCUCAAUUAUGCCAUUUCUGAUGUUAAAGCCAAUCCGCCGCUUUUCGCUUCCGGGAUUUUACGUCUUCAGGUACCAAUCCAACAGAAAAUUGAAGCCAUUCAAUGGCUUCAUGCGCAGCACCAUCUUCUUCCAUGUUGCUUCUUCUCCGGUAGAAGAAGACGAGAAAAUGAAACUGAUCUUAUGUUAGACUUCACCAAUGGAAAUGGCCAUAUCAACAAUUUAGUCAGUGUAGCUGGUGUCGGCUCUGCUGUUCUCUUUAGGGAUAUCCAUCCUUUUUCAUAUAAUGACUGGAAGUCCAUUAAGAGGUUCCUAUCAGCCAAUUGUCCUUUGAUUCGUGCCUAUGGCGCAAUCCGGUUUGAUGCCAUGGCUGAUAUGUCAUCCGAGUGGGAAUCUUUUGGCUCGUUUUACUUCAUUGUUCCUCAGGUUGAGCUUGAUGAGCUCGAGGGAAGUUCCAUGCUUGCUGCAACUAUUGCAUGGGAUAAUGCCCUUUCAUUGACAUGGGAACAAGCUGUUGGUGCGGUUCAAAUUACCAUGAGUCAGAUUUCUUCUACUAUCGUGAAGUUGUCGAAAGAAGUUAAUAGAACAUUUGUAUUGAGCAAUUAUCACAUCCCCAGUGAGACCUACUGGGAUCUGGCUGUGAAAAGAGCUCUGCAGACAAUAAAUAUAAGCAGCUCACCACUUAUAAAGGUUGUACUCGCACGUAGCAGCAGAGUUGUAACGGCUACUGACAUUGAUCCUAUAUUGUGGUUGGCUUCUCUGCAGGUCGAAGGAGAGCAUUCUUAUCAAUUUUGUCUUCAGCCACCUAAUGGUCCAGCAUUUAUUGGAAACACGCCAGAGCAACUAUUUCACAGAAAAUGGCUAGGAGUUAGUAGUGAAGCGUUGGCAGGGACUCGUGCCAGAGGUGGAUCAAAAGCUCUAGAUCUUCAAAUAGAACGUGAUUUACUUUCCAGUCCCAAGGACCAUCUUGAAUUUACCAUAGUACGAGACAGCAUAAGAAGAAAAUUAGAGGCUGUGUGUAGCAGAGUAGUAGUAGAACCAAAUAAAGCAAUACGAAAGUUCCCAAGAGUUCAACAUUUGAAUGCCCAGUUGGCAGGAAAGUUAAGCAGUGAAGAUGAUGAGUUUGAUAUCUUGUCUUCUCUUCACCCAAGCCCGGCAGUUUGUGGAUUCCCAACAGAAGAGGCACGCGCUUUAAUUUCAAGAGCUGAAAUAUUUGAUAGAGGAAUGUACGCUGGUCCUGUUGGCUGGUUUGGAGGGAGAGAGAGCGAGUUUGCUGUUGGCAUCAGGUCAGCAUUGGUCCAAAAGGGCCUUGGUGCAUUGAUCUAUGCUGGGACAGGGAUAGUAGAGGGAAGCAAUCCCUCUUUAGAAUGGGAUGAACUGGAGCUCAAGACAUCUCAGUUCUCUAAAUUUCUUAAACUUGAGGUCCCUGCAAGGGAAAAAAUUGAAAAUUCGAGAAGACUCAAGUGACAAGUUGUUUUUACCGAUGAACAUAAUACUGAGAGUUUCUGGAAUUGCUAUUGUUUGUUUCCGGACUGGAAGCUUGAAGAGCAUAAAUUCGCAAAGCAGAUUUUCUGACCCUUUCAGUUAAAGAUAUCAUUCUUUUACAGAAAUAGUACAUACCGCAUCCUACUGAUCAUUUGCCAACUCUGUUCUUUGAUAAUAGACGUAUUGGAUCUUGGACUCAGGAUGGAAAUUAGUAGACAUGAGCAAGCAAUAUCUAUAGACAUUCUUUUUUCCCCAUUGUUAUCCCAAAUCAAUGCUAUUGGUUAUUCUUAGGUUCUGCCUUUGUUAAAAGAAUGAAACGAAACAGAAGCCCAGUCUCCUUUUACAUACGGAAUUUCUCGAGUUCCAAUAGUGAAAAAGAAAUAUGUUUCUUUUAUGUUUGAUGUUAACACUAAUAAUGUAAUUAUUUUUAAUUUUAUUAUUCUAACUUAGAACUUUCUAUAUUGUUUCA